GCAUUGAGUAACAAGUCAGGAGAGUUUGGGUAAGACAGCGUAAAUCUGAUGGCUCUUGGUGGUAGAUCAAAGUUUGGAUGGAUACCUCAAAUUUCUGGCUGGUGUAUUGGAGCUGCAGUGUGUCUGGGCUUUCUUCUAUUGAUUCUGAUCUUAGGCGUGGUGGCACACAAUUCCAGUGCUAUAGGUCAUCAGGAGUCAAAAUGUGAAAACAUGAUCUAUAGCCUGACUGCAGAAAAAGUUCCUCUGAGAGCUGAGCGAGACCAACUGAAGGUUACUUACAGCAACCUGACAAAAGAGAUGAAGGCUCUGCAGAGCCAGUACGAGGCUGUAGCUGCAGGCCGGGAUAAGCUACAAGAAGAGAAAAACACUCUGAGAGAUGAGCGAGACCAGCUGAAAAUGAUUUCCAGCAACCUGACACAACAAAUGGAGAUUCUGAAGAGCCAAUACAACGCUAUGAAUGCAAGUCGAGCAAAGCUACAAGAGGAGGUCGACAGGUUAGGCCUCAACAGAACACGUCGGGAAUGCCAUCAAGGAUGGAAAGAGUUUGGAGAUAAGUGCUACUAUUUCUCUGCAAGUGGAGUGACUAAAACUUGGGCACUCAGCAGAAAAGACUGUCAAGAGCGAGGAGCAGACCUGGCGAUUGUAACCACGCGAGAAGAGCUUGAUUUUGUCAGCAAAACUUAUGCAGUAACCUGGAUUGGACUGUCUGACAAGGACCGAGAGGGCAAGUGGGUGUGGGUGGAUGGGACUGAACUGCAAGGGGAUGAAUUCUGGCAAGAUGGGGAGCCCAAUGAUAGUGAUGGGGAUGAGGACUGUGCUGAGGUCUCACGUUCAGCAAAGAGAUUUAAUGACGUGCCCUGUAGUAAUAGAUAUUCAUGGGCAUGUGGGCAGUAAGAUGUAGAUGAUGCUGAUGUAAUUUAGGCUCUCAAAUCCAUUGUUCAGCAUCCUACUGCCCCUCAUCUGAUUAUUAUAACUCCUCCUGAAAUAUAUAUUGAUAUAAACCAUAUAAGACAUUCUGAUAGUGUUCCUUUACAUGUUUAUAGCCCUUCUCUGUAACGCCUGAGUUAAUUUCCUUCCUGAAAUAAAAAAUGUGCUGAAAUAGAUAUAACCAUGCUAUAACCAUUAAAAAUGUUUAUUUUUCAUAUUUUUUAUUAACUUUUAUUAAAAACGUGUAAUUCAAAUUAACAAUUAUAAUGCACAAUGUUGUAUCUUCUGAAUGUUUUCUUUUUUUGCUUUAAAAAUAAAGAAUAAAAACA